UCGCUUUUCUUUCAGAAGAUCGUGCUUGCACGCGGCGUGAGUACGUCUGGGAUCCCGGGAGUAGAGCAGUACAGUCGGCUAGGUGAGCGUCGAGUUUUAUCAUGGUGUCCUGAUGACUGUUUGUCGCUGGUAGCGCAAGGCCGGAAGGUUUGUAGUGCGUGCUUCAGUCGCAGCAGCGACAACUUCAGCCCAGGAUGGAUCGAGUGAACACCUGGGUGAAGUCGGUAUCGCGGGAGGGAUACGGCGAGGAAGACAAUCGGGGCAGAGUGGCGGAACGGUCGGAAUCGUCCGGAUUCGCGGAACGCUCGUCCUUAUCGUCGUUAUCGCGACCAAAAGGAGGACGGUACAGAGAGCCCGAGCAACCCCGACAUGGCCAUCAGCAUCGGCGACAGAAAUCUACGUCCGACCGCUUUCCACUGGCUGCUGGUAGUCAAUUGUACGAUAGUGCCGAGCCAAGAGCAAAACCACCGCGUCCGAGUCAGCAUCAACAGCUGCAGCACCAUGAUCGUGAUCGGCAGUAUCACCGUCACCCGCACAAGCAUGGCCGUGACGAGCGCCAUCGCCAUCACGCACAUCACGUAGCCCCAGCCAGCCGCAGCAGUGUACAAAAAGCCGCCGACGGACCACGUCGAUCUAGCGGUAGCAGUAGCUCGUACACCACGACCGCCAGCAAGUACCUGGCUCAAGACAGCCGUGCUCGGUCUCACCGGCAUGACCCACCCAUCGCCCCCGCUGCUGCUGCGAAGGUGCCGGCGGCGUCCGCUAGUGCGCGGAGUGUGAAGUCUUCGCGGAGUAGUACUGCUGCUGCUGGCACGGGCAAGCGGCUAGACUUGGCGCAAGAGAAGGUGCGAAAACAUCGUCAGCCCAAGCAAGACUAUGCUGUUCCAUACUAUGAAGACGAUGACAGCAUCGAUCCGAGAUCAGUUCGUGGACUGCCUCCGGCAAAGAAGAGGGGGAAGUGGAUGCCAAGACCAGCACCAUCGGCAUCACCAUCACCACCACCACCGCCAAUCCAUUCGCAGAAACGCCAUCACCACCACCGCCACCACCACCGCCAAUACCACCCACAGCCAUCACCGGUGCCAGCACCCAUGACAGCGGCUCCUGACUCCAAGUCCAAGGCAAAGAGCAGCAAGAGAAGCGACGAUGCAAGGAAACGGCAUCGUUACCAUGACAGCCAUGAUAUCUACUACCAUCCGAAAGGGAGUACUGGUGCUGGUAGCGCGCGGAAGGGGAAAAUCCCUGCGCACUUCAGACCUGUCCAGGCCUCUCGCAGAGAUCAUAUUGAAUACAUAGAUAUAGAUAGCGACUACGCGCACAGUCAUGGUGGAAGUAUGGAGGGUUACUAUCAAGGUGAUUCUACUGACGGCAGCAGUGGCAGCUGCAGCUCAGAGGCGAGCAGCGCUCAGACGCCUGUACACCGUUUAGACGAGGGUGGCACAGCGAGUGCGAGCCAGCACACAACCGACAGUGAUUGCAGCCAGCGCUCGUCGUCGACGUCACUAUCAUCGGAUGCCUGGGCGCAGGGCAUGACCAAGCAGCACUCAUCAGCAUCCGGCUCUAGCUCUGGGGCAUCCAUUAACAGCAACAGGGCAGUGGCAGACGCUAGCGACCAUGUACAACAUGUAGUCAGUGGUAGCCGCAACUCACACCAUGCUGAAGAGGAGGAGGACAGCUGUGAGGAGGAUAGCUUCUCUUCUGGUGAUGGUGGUGCGGAGGAGAGGCGAUACUAUUGCUAUGAUCCCAACCAUCGCUCUUCUAGCAGCAGUAUUCUCAAGCAAGAGGUUAGCUCGUCAUCGUCCGACGACAAGCUGUGGACGCCAGGAGCCAAGCCCAUCGCACCCAGCAUGCGUCUAAGGAGGGGAAAGCGCAAGCGCAUGUACAAAGUGAAACGAAAGCCACGCUGGGUAUACUACUACCGAGAAGGUACUGGGCCAGCUUACGGGGAGAAGGCCCCAGACAGCGCGAACGAGAACGACGUUGACGAUGGCGGUGAAGCACCACCCAAGAAGAAGGUGAAGAGACAGCCAUACGCAACCAGAGACAUGACGCGCGUUGGCAAGGAGCAUAUGAAGCAUUGCGGCAGCGUUCAGUACUAUAGCGUGCUGUGUCCAAUUUGCAAUGCGUACGUAGAGCGGCACUUCAACCUGCCCAAGCACCUACAAAAGCACCUGAACCAGAUCGCCGAGGUACAAGACACUGAGGAGAUCAAAGCCAUCCGGCGUCAAAUCGAGGAUCUAAUUGCCAAGUGCUACAAGGAAGGUCCUAUCAAGAAGAUGUACGCUGGGCUAGUGGUGAAGACAAAGUGCACCAUCUGUAACCGGCCGUAUAACGACACCCUCGGUGCACGGGAGCAGCACAUGAGGCGCUGUCACCCAUCUGAGUGUGGUGACAUGAGUCUGUUCAAGAGAGAACGCUGCUACGUGUGCAUGCUGGAAUUCCCACCGCAGGAGAUCGACGCACACUUCAGGAGCCACAUGGGCGAUGCCGGCCGCACGCACAUCUACUGCUACCGUUGCAUCCGCAACAACUCUGUGCCGGCGCCGUUCCAGGAGCACGCCGAAAUGAAGAAGCAUUUCCAGGAGCAGCAUCCAGAGACCCACAUCAGCGCAAGGAGCGUGUUUCGCCACACCGCUCCCCACGUGGCUAUCCAUUGCCUAAUGUGCAGAUGCUUCUUCUCGGGUUUUCGUUGCUACAAGCAACAUAUCGUGCCAAAUCACCAGCUGCUUCAUCCGAUGCCUGAAUUGCCGGCUGAGUGUUCGCUGAAGGUGGAGCUGGCGAAAGACAAGUUCUAUCCGCUGGACAAUGGCGUGUGGCCCGAUAUGCACAUGGACCAGGACGGUCGCCUGCGGUGCGUGCCAUGCGAGCAGUCGUUCAAGAUGUUCACGUCAUUCCGCCGCCACACACGUAUCGUUCACUCGCACACGAAGCAGCUGACAUGCGAGCACUGCCACAGGAACUUUGAGACGCCCGGCGGCCUGAACAAGCACCGCAACUCGUUCUGCCCAGAGCUGGGUGGCCGUGCUGGUGCUGGUAAAGGUAAAGGUAAGAAAGGUAUGCUGUCGACCUGGCUGGAGGGAGCAGCAAGUCAGGCUGCGGCCAGCUUUGCAGCUUCAACUGGCGCCGCACAGUCAUCGCUUUCUCAGAAUCAAGCAACUCAAUCUGAACAUGACACACCACAACAGACAACACACUCAACUGCAGAGCAACCACCUCCGCAAGCCGAACAGGAGCAGCAUCUGCAGCAGGAGAAACAGCAGCCACAGCAGCCUCAGCAGGAGAAACUGCUACAGGAGCAGCAGCUGAAGGAGCAGCAGCUGAAGGAGCAGCAGCUGAAGGAGCAGCAGCUGAAGGAGCAGCAGCUGAAGGAGCAGCAGCUGAAGGAGCAGCAGCUGAAGGAGCAGCAGCUGAAGGAGCAGCAGCUGGAGGAGCAGCAGCUGGAGGAGCAGCAGCUGGAGGAGCAGCAGCUGGAGGAGCAGCAGCUGGAAGAGCAGCACUCUGUUGAAGAAAACCAGUCCACAUCAUCAGAAUCCUACAUGGAGGACAGCUCCAAUCUUCACAGUGGAUACUUCAAUGGAGAGCUGGCCCAGGAAGAUGAUGAGGGAGGAUUUCACUGUGCUACAGACAGUCCACACACAGACACUGAUACGGAGAGCACCCCCGGUGGAAAUGGUGACUACCAGCAUAGCUACUCUGAGAGCAGCUAUGAUUCUGAGCAAGACGAGUAUAUUAGUCGUGAUGAACGUGAGGAUGGCAAUAAUGAGCAUGAUGCUGGUGGUAGUGGUGGUGGUCACACGGGUAAUAUCGCAGUAAGUGAUGGCAGAUCGGACAACCAUUCAGUCAAUAUUUGGAGCAGAUUCAAGCACAGGGAAAGUAGACAGAGUAAUCCAGAGCACACCAAUCCGCCAUUACGGCACCGGCCUGACAUCAAGUCAGAAUCACCCAGUGACCCCGGUAAGGCAAGGCCAUUGACUGCCUCUAUACCCCACCGCGGUGGUGGUGGUGGUGGUGACGUUGGUAAUGAUGACCAUGCUGCUGCUCAAGCACGCGCUUCAAGACCGCGCGCAGCACAGCGACCUGGCACAUGGUCCAAUUCCAGUGGGUCAGGACACGAUGCAGAGCUCAGCCGCCAGUGCUAUGUGCAGAAAAGACACACGAACAGGACUCUGAAGCCGAAAGGAGUUCCCCAGCAGACGGCAUGGAAACCUCGCCAUGGCACAGCUCCCAAUCUCCGUGACCUGGCAUCAUGCAGCACGGCAAGAAAGCUUACCACCAGCCGCUCUGAUUCUUCCUCGUCACGCUUGGCCGGGCAAACUCGCUCUUAUUUCUCCUCGUCACAAUUGGUCGGGCAAACACAGCACUACAUGCCAGAUGUUCCAUCGCCAUUUCAGCACUCCGCAGAUGAAUCAACAAGCGGACGCUCGUCUCCGCUCUCCGAGGUGCACUGGCCUCCCAAUACGAAAGGCAUGAAGGGCGUAUCAAAUGCACGUGUUGAUAACGUUAGAAAUAAUCAGCCUAGAUCUCCAGCCGGUGGAGGACGCCAAUCAGGGACACACCAUGGCAGUUUGUCGCGUAGCCAACGGGGCCGCGAUCGAAAAGUUGAUCUCGUGAUCAGCAUCGAUAAGCUUUCAGCUGCUCGGAAGAUGUGGGGUGUUGCUGACGAGCAAGAGAAAUGAGAAUGUUGUGGCAAACAUUGGUUGCCAGUGUGUGUGUGUGUGACGGUGUGUGUGUGUGUGUGUACGUGUGUGUGCGUGCGUGUGUGUGUGUGCGUGUGUGUGUUCCAUGUUAGCCUCACUCUCUGCAUGUUUCCCGACCAUCAUACUAAGUAUAUCCGACAAAGGUUGCACGCAUUCCAAGGAACAUUUCUUUUUUUUCAUAUUUUAAAAAUCACUAUGAAGCAAAAUAAUGUAUGGAUGGAGGAGUCUUGGAGCAGCCACGAAUUACCGUACAGUAUCACUGUCAAUGUGGCAGAUAGGUUUCGAAAUCCACCGACAAUUCUAUUUUUGAUGAUUCCAAAAUUUCGAACCCAGAGUUCCGCCUAGGAUGUCAGUAAACUGGUUUUUAUAGGUAUCUAAUGCCAAACAGUUUUUUUGCUUUUCUUGUUGUUGAGAAACUUGAAUUACUGCUGAUGCGGCUACUGCUGCCAUCCGGCCAGCACAUCAUUGUCAACUUCAA